AGCCACCGACGCGUCUCCUUGCGUCUCCGAUCGAACCCGCGCAAACUGCCGAGCCCGCCACCAGCCACCGCAGACUCGGGCUCGGGCCAUUUCGCGGCGCCGGUAAAUCCCACACGUCGUCGGUCGAGUUCCCGUCGCCCGAGUCGUCCUCCUCCACCUCCCAGCCUCAGGUCCACGGCGCCCGCACGCACCGCCCACAGACACCAUGGCAGGCUCCGACGAACUCGAGUACCUCAAGUCGCUCGUCUCGCAGCUCAACGCGAAGAUCCAGGCGUUGGAGACGAAGGCGAAGGACGCGGUCACGCGCAAGACGCCAGCACAGCAGCUCCGUACCAUCCUCAUGGGCCCGCCCGGCGCAGGGAAGGGCACGCAGGCUCCGCGGAUCCGUGAGGAAUUCUGCGUGUGCCAUCUGGCGACGGGCGACAUGCUGCGUGAGCAGGUGUCGCGGAAGACGAAGCUCGGUGUCGAGGCGAAGAAGAUCAUGGACGCCGGCGGGCUCGUCAGCGACGACAUUAUGGUCGGGAUGAUCAACGACCAGCUCCAGCACAACAAGGCGUGCCAGAACGGAUUCGUGCUGGAUGGAUUCCCGCGGACGGUCCCCCAGGCCGAGAAGCUCGACGCCAUGCUCGCAGCCCGCAAGGAGAAGCUGGACCACGUCGUGCAGCUUGUCAUCGAUGACCAAUUGCUCAUCUCCCGCAUCACUGGCCGCUUGAUCCAUCCCUCGAGCGGCAGGACGUACCACAGAGAGUUCAGCCCUCCGAAGAAAGCGAUGGUCGACGACGUCACGGGCGAGCCGCUCGUGCAGCGAUCGGACGACAAUGUCGAGGCAUUGCGCAAGCGCCUGACGGUGUUCCAUUCGCAAACGGGACCGGUGAUUGAGUACUACAAGCAGAAGGGCCUGUGGAGACCAAUCGACGCGGCGCAGGCACCAACACUGGUGUGGGAGAACUUGCGGAAGGUGUUCACGUCGCAGCCUCCAAAAGCGUAGUCGGCGAUUGUCGAUGAAUGUAUAUGUUUUCGAGCGAAGGGUGUUAUGCACUGCUUCUCUUGCAUAUCUAUGAGCAACAUUGUCUCGCAGAACAAA